UCAGCUCAUCAGCUGUGCCGAAUGACAGUAGCGAGGUUGCCCCGUAGCGGCCGUAGCCAGUUCAUAACAAAGAGGGCAUGUGGUUAAAACGUUUACUGUUUAUUCAUAUUUUGUUCAAAAUUUAACAAAUAGAAUAAUGACGAUGGAAAGUGAUUAGCAAUUAGGGUGUAUCAAAGUUGAUGCCAAACCAUCUGGCAGUGUGCGUAACAAAUAAUUAGUUUUUUAGUGGGUUAUUUGCAUUGUAAUUUUAGGAAUUCCCAAAGUUUACGUAUGAAAUAAUAUUAUUACAUUGUGUGAUUUCGUGUAUGGUUAUCAAAAUUCUUUUCGGAAACAUGAUCUAAUCCAAUGUCUUUAAAGAUAACGAUAAAUCAAAACAAACUAAAAAACACCUUCAAAUCGGUAUCACGCCUCAUCAACAUGGAGUCGGAAGUCCAACGGCCGUUAAAUAACGAAUAUACAGAAGUAUACAGUCGGCUACCUCUAAAGCUGCAACUUUCUUACGGAAUAGGGCAUGUUCUUAACGACGUGUGCGCUUCUAUGUGGUUCACUUAUCUACUGGUAUUUUUCCACUUGGUGCUGGAGUUCGACAACAGACAAACCGGGGUGAUUUUGCUCAUUGGACAAGUUGCCGAUGCUUUGUCUACUCCAUUCGUGGGGUACCAUUCCGACCAAUCUGACACAUUCUGGAUAUGCAGGUAUGGCAGGAGGAAAACUUGGCAUCUCCUCGGCACUAUAUGCGUUAUAGGAUCAUUUCCUUUUAUAUUCGCACCGUGUUACGGUUGUGAGGACGCACAUUCUUGGAGGGAAAUGUUCUACUACAGCAUGUUUAUAAUAAUAUUCCAAUUCGGUUGGGCUGCGGUCCAAAUUUCGCAUCUAUCUUUGAUACCAGAACUAACGCCCAACGAGCAUGACAGAACUAAAUUGACAGCUGUCAGAUAUUCGUUUACUGUGAUAUCCAACGUUCUAGUCUAUAUAAUAACCUGGAUUGUUCUACAUUUGAACAAUGGAGAAAGUUCAAAAAUUGGACCAGGCGAUGGACCAAAAUUCCAACACGUGGUUUGGUCUAUAUUAUCGAUAGGUAUAGUAAGUUCGAUUUUAUUCCACGCCUAUACUAGAGAGGAUGAUAACGGAGUUGGUAAUAACGUUAGAGGUGGGCAGGUCAGAUCCAGCAUAGCAGAUUUAUUUAAAACCUUCGAAAUCUACAGGAUAGCCGUGGUUUAUAUGUCCUCAAGGUUAUUCGUAAACCUUUCGCAGGUUUUCAUACCGUUAUAUCUUCACGAAACUUUAAAUAUGCCUGCGAGUUCCCUAGCGGUGGUACCGUUGAUGAUGUUCAUUGGAAGCUUCUUAGCAUCGUUAGUCAUAGAGAAGAUAAACAGGUUUUUAAGAAGAAAAAUGACAUUCGCGUUAGGAGCUCUGUUUGGUGUAAUCGCUUCCAUUUGGAUAAAAUUUGGAGGAGGUGAAAACUACCAAGAAUACUACAUCUAUUUGGUAGCUUUAUUAAUAGGAGCUGGUGGUUCUAUAGUGUUAGUAACCAGUUUAGGUGUGACUACGGACUUUAUCGGUGAGAAUACGAAUAACGGUGCUUUCGUCUACGGGGUGAUGAGUUUUACGGACAAGUUAGCGAACGGGGUAGCCGUUGUUAUUAUUCAGUAUUUGCACAACGAUUUGAAGAACAUAUAUUUCUAUCGCGACGUAUUAACAAACGUAUGUGGAGGAUCGGUGAUAUUAGGAGCUGUUGCUGUGAUAGGCUGUGAUUGUUUACGUAGGAGGAAUAGUUUAGUUUACGAAAGGGUUCCUGAUUACAAUUCUAUAAAUUGA